AUGCUGGCAAUAUUAGCGGCAGCUGGGCUCACUGGGCUCGCGACGGCACUCGUGCCCACCACCUGGAACGGGCGCGCCUUCGAUUGCAAGUGCUAUCCUGGAGACGAAUGCUGGCCCAAAUCCGAAGAAUGGUCUACUCUGAACACCACAUUGAACGGCAACCUUGCCAUCCAUGUUCCCCCGGGCGCCUUUUGCCACAACACCCUGCAGGGGCCACUUGGAAAUAUCACGACGUACAAUGAGGCUGCAUGCUCGAAUGCGCGGGCCAAUUUCAACAGCGCACAGUGGACAAUCGAUCAACCGGGGGCAGCGUUGUGGACCUACUAUACCAACGAGACCUGCCGACCUACCACAGAUCGAAACGCGCCGUGCACAUUGGGCUACUAUGGCGUCUACGUGAUCUCUGCAAAAAGAUAUGAUCACGUAAAAGCAGGCGUUGACUUCGCUCGUACUCACGAUCUGCGCCUGGUCAUCCGCAACACCGGCCACGACUUCCUGGGUAGGAGCACUGGAUGGGGCGCACUGAUCAUCAAUACCCAUAGCUUCAAGAACGCAACUUUCACAAAGUCCUAUGAGGGGCCGGGGGACUACCAUGGGUCAGCAGUCACUGUCGGCGCUGGAAUACAGGGGCUUGAGCUGCUGAAGCUGGGCAGUGCCCAGAGCCCGCCCGUGACGGUUGUGGUGGGAGAAUGCGCGACUGUCGGCACAGCUGGCGGCUUCAUGCAGGGAGGCGGCCAUGGCCCCGUGACAACCGUGAAAGGGAUGGCCGCAGACACGGUGCUCGAGCUCGAGGUUGUGACAGCCGCGGGGGACAUAGUGACUGCGAACGCCAACACAAAUCCAGACCUGUUCUGGGCGCUCAGGGGUGGAGGCCCCUCAGCAUUUGGCGUUGUCCUCUCGGCGACAUUCCAAACCUUUACUGACGUCCCUUCUGCCGGUGCCAGCCUCGACAUAAACCGCAGCCACACAAGCAACCAGACACUUAUGUGGGAAGCCAUAACAAUAUUCCACGGCUACGCCAACCAUUUCGUCGACAACGGGCUCUAUGUUUAUUUUGAGGCUAGUGCCAACGGCCUUCAUGUCCGACCUUUUGUUGCCAUCGGCCAGACCACCGAACAGCUUGACAAUAUUAUUGCCCCUGUGCUCCGUGACCUGAACGCCAUCGGGCUCCGCUUCAGCACCUCUACGAGGCAGUACGACACAUUCCUAGCUCUCUACAAUGAUCUCUUCGAGCCCGAAGGAGCAGGAAUCUCGGCGCUGACGGGUGGCUGGGUUUUCGCACACCGCGAUAUCUCACAGAACAACACCAACAUUAUCAACUCAUUCAAGAAUAUGCAGAACAAAGGGGCGAGUAUCAUCGGGCAUAUGUGGAACCCGGGGUAUGCCAUGUCGAACGCGAAUAAUGCCCUGAAUCCGAGGUUUCGAGAUGCGAGCGUCCAUGUCAUCGCCGCCAUGUCUAUUUCAGGGACUGCCCCGUGGGAGCAAAAGAUGGCGGCAGAGAGGACGUUGACUUUUGACGUGAACCAGAAAAUGAAGGAGGCUGGUCCAGCUGGGUUCGGCUAUGUGAACGAGGGUGACUCAAAUUCACCUACCUGGCGGGAUGACUUCUAUGGGACAAGCUACCCUCGUCUUCUAGACAUUCGGAAGAAAUGGGAUCCGAACGGGGUCUUCUACGCCAUUGCUACACCGGGAACAGAAGACUGGGAAGUCAUCGACUAUGGAACGAAGCUAUGCAAGAGCGCUUGA